AUCCAUACCUACAACUUUGCCGAAGACACCAAAUCGAUCAAUAAAUUCCUUCAAAAGAUACAGAUUUUUGAAUUUUCAUACAUCAUUUUUGUAUGGACAGCUGCCAAAUUUGUAUGGAAAAUUUUAUGGACAAACUAAUGAUGCAAAAUGGCUUCUUUAGGCAUACCGAAGGCACCAAAAAAGUUUCAGUCGGAUUAAAAAAUACAAAAAAAAUCGAAUGACCGAAAUCCUAGAGAACUGCUCAUAAACAAAUGUAAACAUUGAGUUUAUCUCUCACACCUUGUGUUAACUUUUGAUUAUAAAAUUAUAAAAGCAACUUUGUAUGAAGAAUAUUAUCUCAAAAAAAAUGAAUUAAUAUCCAUCAAUCUUGCGUCACCAAGAUAAGAUGUUUACUUUUAACACUUACUGUUUAAUGGAGACGCAUGGCAAUUCAGGAAACCUUUUUGUCGACGUCGUCGUGCUAUCUUGUCGCACCCGCCAUUUUGACGUUCCGAGAAAAACGCGUUUUAAUGUUUGACCUUGAAUAUUCAAAAACGAGAGCACGCAAUGUAAACAAUAACAAACACGUUUUGUUUUGCUCACCAUUCUGUGCAUUGUCCCAAAGUUUGGUUGAAGUUGGUUGCUGGAGUCCCGAGUUAUAAUUACAAAUGUUCACGGUAGUCUAGCUUGUACGUGCGACAAACGCAUCCUGACUUUCCUGGCCUGAAAUCCCUGUGGCCUUUUGUCGCACUUACAUCAAUUUUCAUGGAGUGACAAGAUAGCACGACAAGAUUGAAACUACUUUCAUAUGUAAAGUGACAAAAAUGCACGGAGUUUUUUCGGUUUUUAUUGAAUAUCUCAGGAUUGAAAUCGAAUUUUGAGGAUCUGUGAAGGUCAAAAGGUGAGGCAUUGUGAGCUGAACAAAAUGGCGUUCUAAACUCAAUUUGGCCCAAAAUGCACGUACGACAAGUUAGCACGAUGGCGACGUUGUGUCUGUACCAUAAGCUUCCAUUUUCAAAAUAUAUCCAUAAAAAAAUGUGGGAAAUUGCAAUCCUUCUUCAAAAUGCAACAUUUAAAGCACGUUUGUUGAAGUUCAAGGCCGUUCCAUAUCCGUCAACCAUUGUCCCUGUCACGAAGGACUGUUUUUGUGGUCAAGUUUCUCACGUUCGUCAAUCCGGAGUGUGGCACACAGAAAUAAUUAUGACAUCCAGUGGCCCGCGGCGGAAAAGGACGGAAGCAUGGUGGUCAAUAAAAGCUGGAGCUGGUCCGCCCCGGAUGUCCAAAGUGCAUUUGACGCUGAAAUGGCCACCACAACUGCGAAGGCUACUUCUAAUCCUGGCACCCCGAGGGCGGCUUGGGUUACCGACGUUGGUGGCCGAAUCAUGGAUGACGAAGAAAACUUUCUGCGGGUACAACUGUUCUCCAUGGCGUUGAUUGGCGUUCAGGAGCGUGAAACUGUGCCAAGUCGGAUCUAUUCUUACUUUUGCUUCUACUCGCUGCUGAUUAUGGACCUUUCGAUGGUCCUUUUUGCCGUGCAGCAUUUCGGCGAUAUGGUGCUAGUUUGUGACUGUUUGGGACCGGGGUUUACCGCGUAUUUGGGUAUGGUGAAGCAGCACUAUCUCAGCGAGCAACGGAAGCAGCUGUGGGAAAUUAUUUAUGCGCUGAAAAAGUUGAAACAGAUUGCAAAACCAGACGAGAUCAGGUCCAUUGAGCGAAACAAUCAGAUCGAUCGUUACUUGGCUACGGCUUAUUUGACCUCUGCCGUUAUCACAGGAUCACAUUUUAUUGUAACAGCAAUUGUCAAGGCUGUCUACUCACAGGUAGUCCACGGCAAAUUCGUAUGGCAGCUGCCACUGCUCCAAAGGUAAGCCCGUUUGUAUAUGAUAAGUACAUUGAAAUUUGCCUUUUUCUCCUCUUUCUACAGUUAUCCCUUUGACAUCAGUCACCCACUGAUGUUCGCCGUGCUCUUUGUCUGGACCAGUGCAACCAUCUACAUGGUCGUGUUUGGCAGUGUUUCCAGCGAUGCCGCCUUCGGUGGACUGGCCUCCAACUUGGUCGUCCAUUUCAAGUUCAUUCAGGCCGGUUUCAGAGACCGCUCCUUCGAGGACAACGAUCAAUCGCUGAAGGAUCUUAUCGAGUACCAUAGGCAUGUGCUGGAUCUGUCGCGCAAGUUGAUUUCGGCGUAUCGACCCAUUAUGCUGAACAAUUUUAUCGUUGCGUCGUUUUUACUCUGUGUGCUGGGCUUUCAGCUGGUGCUGUUUAUGGGAUCCACAAUGAUGUUUCUUUACAUCGUUUUCGUUACAGCGAUUGUGAUACAGAUAACCUUCUUUUCCUACUAUGGAUCACAGCUGUCGCACGAAGUAUGUCGCGAGGUUGGAGGAGUUAGUAAACAAACCAAUGUUUGUACCUUAACUUUUUAGAGUGCGCUGGUUGGGGAUGCAAUCUAUUGUAGUAACUGGUAUGAAACAAGUCCCAAAACUAGAAGGCUGUUGCUGCAAUGUUUGAUGAGAGCUCAAGUGCCUGUGAAUAUAAGAGUGGGAUUUAUCGAGGCAUC